CGCAGAGUUGGUGAAAAGAGACGACGUGGGCAAAUUACUCAAAAUGAAACAAUCAAUUUGAUCAACUGCGCUGUCAGCAUUUCAGAGAGAGAAUCUGAACCUUAAAGGUUUAGUCCAAGCAGGGAACAUCGCUAUUUGAGCCAGGUCACGUUUGAGGACAUAAAAUAGCUGUAAUUUAGAGGACAGACGGCUUGUCAUCACGUAAGCCAGUUUAUUGCAAAGUACAGGUCAGUGUACUUAUUGAUUCGCUGUAUUUAGUAAUAAAAGCAUCUCUCCUUCUAUCUGGUUUUGUUCCAAUUUAUAUUUGUCCUGGCUGUGGCUUAUCCGUGGCACUGUUUGGCCUUGAAUUUGCAUUUCCUGGUAAACUCCCAAUAAUUCACAGUUUAGUAAAUAGCUCAUAUCCUGCUGUCUUGACUCUGUUCUCUAGUGUCCUUCUUUUGGGGACAUCAAGGAACUGGCCCCCAAAAAGUGUAGUGAGAGAGCAUCAUUAGCCAUCGCAUCAUUAGAAACUGAGCUCCCUGCAUGGUCUGCCUUCAGUGGGCCAACAUGGAUCAUGACAGGUAGCCUGCCGUGCAUUCACACCAGACUGACCUGCCAAUCCUUAGGGCGGACCCGCCCCUUUCUGGGUAGGUCCACCCUAUUUUGGCAGCAUCAGUGACGCAUUAUUGACUUUGAGAGUUUUUCCAUUAAAUGUUUGGUCGUGGUGAGCUGAAAGUGAAAUCUCCAACUUAACUGAAUUGGAUUUAUUUUGUCAACGACUCUUUUGGUACUGUUUAGUUAAUGAGCUUCUUACUGAAAUAUGGUGGCUGUAAGUUUGUCAUUUAAUCUUAUUCAGCGCGAAAAAGAAAAUAAUUUUCCUUGGACAAUAAAACCAUAAAGAUGUAAACGGUUAGUCAGUCAUGCCAGUAGUGAGUAGCGAUGGCUUGCUUUGGGUGAAAAACAACCUUUCAACAGGCACAUUUUUGUAAUUGUUAAAUUUUGACCGUGUCCUAAAAAUGAAAUUUGCAGAGAGGAAAAAAAGAUUUUCCAUCACGUGGGUGGCCCCGGGUCAUUACAGUUAUAUAAUAACUCCAAGAACAGACAUAUGGAGCAGUAUUAUAAACACACUAUAAGUGGGUCAGGAUUUUUUUUUCCACUUGGUCUGUGAAUCUGUUGCUCUGCUAAGCAUCCUAGUUUUAUUUUCUACAUACUUUAUAUUUUCGGAACUUGUGUUUGGUGGCGCGCAAUAAAAAAGGAAUAAAGGAGGCCCAGUCUAAUAUGGCUGCCUACUGUCAUUGCAGAAGUUUAUGUGUGAAAUUUUCAAGGAUUACAUGACUAUGUUUUAUGAAAAUGGUAACAGAUAAGUUUUGUUGAUGAUUUGAAACAUCUCUGUGCUUAUUCUGAAGGGGAAAAAAAGUGCGCAACAUAUGCUACGAAUUGAUAGAAUGCAAGAUAUUAACGUAUGCGUCCUUGAGUUAAAAAAUGCUUUGACCCUUUACAUUUGGAAUGUUAGGAUGGAAUGAACAAACCUAAAAACUGGGGGAUUGGGCUUAUGGACCUGCAUUCUAAGUGUGUAAUAUAUUCAUGGUAUGUUUUUCCUUCUGCAAAGCUGAAAAUCAUGUGCAUUCAGGUAGAUAUACCAAGCUAACUUACAUAGUACACCUCUCAACAUGUUUCUCUCAUAUCCCCCCUGUCUCGUCUUUCCUCCAAGCUAUACGUGUUAAGAUCCUUUAACCUUUCCUGGACAGAUAGAGUUAUUGAUUUAUCUCUGUAAACUGAUAUAUUCUCAGCUGGUGUGCAAAUUUUGAGCUUCCUUCAAACAAUGCUUGAAAUAUGUCUAUACACAGCCAUCUGCUUCCAGAACGUGCAAAAAGUUCAUCUAAAAUGGUCAUUGUUCACUGUGCUACACAGUCUAUUAAUUCUGCAAUUUCCAUCCAUUAUUGUACCCACAGUGUGGAACAUGAUUCCUGUAUUACGCUUCUCCUCGAAAUGUAACCUCCAUUUUCCACUUCUAUGCUCCCAAACGGUCCUCUACAUAUACUUAAUUGACUUGUCUAAUUAUUAAUUGAAGCUUCCUCCAAACCAUCCAUUUUUUUCUUAUUUUUCUCCUGAAACCACUAACUGUAGAGAUGAGAUUGCCGGGAGCUAUCCUACACUUGAAAGCCCAUGGCCUUGGAAUAGAGGCCACGGAAAUGACUAGUCUUUGGGUUUUGCAAAACACUGAUCUUCCAGGGAGAGCAGAGUCAAGAUGGCCUUGGAGAAAUGAUGUAUGACCUUUUAAAAGCAGGGUCGUGCACCUACACGUUACUGAAUACCUGCAAAGAAGUUAACUCUCCCAGCUGUGCUUGGAAAACUACAGUGAAUCUACACAUAGUCACUGUGCUAACUCUGAGCUCAUGCCAUGCAGCGGGAAGGCAGGAGAUUGGUGUGAAGUUAAUUCUCAAGACCCACUUUACUUGUAAUAAAGCUUUUAAGCUGUUUAUAGUCCACGGGGAUAUAUUAAGAAUUCAGCAGGAUCUUCUGCAAGCUGUUUCGGCAUGCACUACACAAUAUCUCGUUCCUGUGUGAAUUGGAGGAUGAACAGUAGGAGCCUGGUACCCAUCCUGGCUGGUAAUGAAGAUUCUCAGUUGCUCCCGCGGUCCUGCAGAUCGUAUGAUGACAUGUGCAAGGUUGGUGGGGAAGCUGCGCUGCAGGGAGGAUCUUUGCAGAUGUGAUACACUGUGUCUUUUCCAAAACAGCAAUCCUGCGAUUCAAAAGAUGGAAAACUCACACAGACACUUUCACUACAAUGCAAGAAAAAUGGAUUGUUCGAGAAAAACCAUCCCUGCCCAGGAUUUUUAACAUUAUGUUUACUUUUAAAUAUGUGUUAAAUAUAUAAAUCUACACACUGUAUUACUUUAUUUGCCUCUGUGCCUCUGAUGGAGUGCUUCCAUCUUGUCUCCUUUCAAUCACUGUUUUGCUGUUGAACAAAGUACAUGGAGGAAUAGGAGUAAAAACAGUGUUUGUGUUUUCCCUCCUCCAAUGCACUGUAUGCCAUGUGUGCGCAGUUUUGUGAGAUCCUCCAUAGACCUCUCUGCUGCUUUCUUGCGCACGUACGAGAGAGUAGAGCAAUGACGUUGGUCCUGGCAGCUGAAGCGCCGGAAAAAGAAUGGCAGCGCCCGCUUGGGACUGGUUCAGGUAAGUAGAACUCAACUUUGCCUGCCUCCCUAGCAGCGAUGUCAUUGCAAAUUAUACAAGGUCCCCAUAUUACUUUUAGUUUCACUCCAGCAGCCAUUAAGGUGUAAGCUCACCUGUCAAGGCAAACCUCCUAACUGAGAGCUAUGCUAACAAUUCACCUUGAUGUUUUCAGAUAAAAGGCAAAAUGAGUCAGAAAGGGGAAUUCUUAUGAACCUCUAUACACUUAUUAACCCUUAAAGGGCACACAUGGGAAGGGCAGGAGAACUGUAACAUGGUUGUUAUAAAAAAAAAAAUGAAAUCCUAUGGGGGUACAAUGAGGGAGGUUUUAACCUUUAAACCUCCUGCAGGUGGGGGGAUCUCUAUUUAUUGUUUAAAAAAAAAAAAAUAGCGCCUGGGCAGCCAUUGCUGCCAAAUCUCAAGAAAGCCCCCCAUGGUGAUGGGGACUGUGAAACAAGUUAUUUAAGUCGCUCACCCAAAGCCCAUACGUGGGGGCACGGGAGGGGGACUUUGCCCACACCUUGUUAUUUUAUAUAAACCAACACCACGGUGAUCAGUUUAUUAAACCUCCAUAUCCUACACAUAGUAUAUGUGUGGCGAAACCAACCUCGCCACUGUACACUGGAGAAGCCUGGUUGCUCGCCUGCUCCCUUUAGACUAUGGCCCUGCAGUUCAGACCUGUUAUUUUCCCUGCUGAAAGGUUUAUUCAUGCCUUUCUGCCAGGGUGUUCGGUAGAUUCAAUCUACCGAACAAACUACCGAACGAUGGACCACCUGGGAACUGGAGUGUGCCGUCAAUUGACCGCCCAGAAGCUGCGGUUAACCGCAGCUUAAUUGAUGAACGCUGGGAGGCCUUUGUUCGGUUGCCGAACACGUGGCAGCGGCCAUUUUACCUCCCGAACGGCCAGCGGUGUUCAGCACCUAAACUAUGGAACUGAAAACGGACACUUAAUUGCGCGAACACCGCUGGGCCGCCAGCCUCCUUCCCUUCCCAUUCGAGAGCGGAACCGAAUGACUGUUCAUUCGGUAGUUUAACCGGAUGAACAGCAUCACCCAGAUAGCUAAGCCAUGGAGCCUGUUCAUGUAACGAAAAGACUAUGUGAAGGACUUUGGCUCCAUGGCGAUUGAACUGUAUGUAUGUGAUCUGAGCGCCAUUCGCUAAUAAUGUGCGCUCAGAUCUGAGCUAUCUGGGGAUAUGUAGAACGUAUAUGUUUUAUGUACUGAAUGUAAUUGUAGGUAAUUUUAUGUCUUUUACUGUUUUUCUGCCAUGUGGUUAAUGGAGUUUUGCCUCUGUCUUUGGAGAUAAUUGGGCAGGGCAGAGAGGAGGGAUUGUGAUGCAUUGUGGGAUGGUUGAAAUGUGUAAGUCUGUGAUUGGUCAUUUUACCCUUUGUGUCCCAGUCUCCCAUUUGGUCCCCUAGGGGAGUGUCAACCAGGUGGGAGACCUGCAUAAAAGCCGGGCAGUUAGCCCCAGUAAAUCAGUUCCUGCUUAAUCCUCAAAGUGCAGUGUCGUCUCAUUAUUGGGGGAGGAUUUACUGUAUGCUGUUAGAGACUGAUUGCCAGGAGUGUAAGCCGCUUGGGGGCUUUUCCUGUUCGUCUGCUAGCAGCUAUUCGUGUGUCUCCAGUUCGGGAGUUUGGAGUGCUACUUGGUAUGCAGUUUGGGAGUUUCGAGUAUUCCCUUGGUUGCAGUUCGGGAGUUGGUGAAUUCGUGGGUUUGCAGUUCGGGAGAUUGGUGCUUGCAGUAGCUGUCUGUGCAGCUGAGAAAGGGGAAUAUCCUCUUGUGGGCAAAAUGGUCUGUUACAAUAUGAUUCUGAUGCGAAAGCACUGAUUUUAAUUCAGACACCAAAUGCAUGCAAGCAAUUGCUGCAAGUUCGCUCAGAGAGACAGAAGUUUGACUGUAUUUGAUUAAAGGGACACUAUAGGCAACCAGACCACUUCAGCUUGUUGAUGGGGUCUGGGUGAAGUGUGCCGGGUCCAUUAACCCUGAGCAGGUAAUUAUUGCAGUUUUUAAAAAACUGCAAUAAUUACCUGCUAGGGUUAACUCCACUUUUAGUGGCUGUUUACCAGACAGCCACUAGAGGAACUCCCGGAUCGUUAGGCAACUUUUGGUUACUUAACUGAUACUGGACGUCCUCACGCUAUGCAUGUGGACAUCCAGCUUUACCCAAACCCCCUAGGAAAGCAUUGCAGUGCAAUGUGGAUUAAGUCUCCCCCGUCAGCGGGGGAGGAGAGAAGGCGGACUCAAGCCAGUGCUUGAGGGACAUCGGUGCUGGUCCCAGGUAAGUGACAGAAGGGUUUUUUAACCUCUUCGGCAUAAUGGGUGGAGGGGUCUUGAUGAAGGCGGAAGCUAUAGUACCAGGAAAAUACGUUUGUUUUCCUGGCACUAUAGUUUCCCUUUAAAUAUGAGAAUUGCCAAUGCUGUUGGAAUUCGGUAAUCCAUUUAGUGAACAACCCUGUAAAUGUUAUAGUUACCAAUGUACCCACAACUUGUAUGUGGGUAUUUGAUGUAGGAAGUGCGUCAUCGUAGAAUGCCAAACCCAGCUUAUAUACCACACUGCAUUGUCAGUGCCGCCAUAUAUACAGCAGUGUGGAUUAUAUCUGUUUGGCGUAGAACAAUAAGAUAAAAUCAAGUCCAAUCCAGUUUGAUCUACACAUUUGCUUGUAGUUAAAAUCUUGUGAACGGGUAUUAAAAUCUAAAAAUAAGCAAACAAAUCUGUCUCUGCUUUAGGCUACAAUUACUUUUUUUUUUUUUAUAGCUUAGUAAAUUAACAAAUUAAGUAUCCUUUGUCCCCAGCAUUAUAAAGUAAAUAAUGCACAUUGCUGCCACAUGCCCGUUCCAUAGGCUUCACAGAUAUCCCUCCAACAUGUCUAUUUCUAGAUAAAUGCUAUAUGACCUGUGUCACAUUGCCUGACCUCCUUCGUCCGCUGUAUGUCUGCAUUCUGUAUUUUCUGAGCAUUUUGACAUUAAAUCUGAAUUAUGCUAUCCUGACACUAGGUGGUAGCAGUGAUCAGCUUCACUACAGUUUUGCAUAGAAUAGAUUUUGCUAAUCUUGUAAAAUUAUUUGGGUCAGUAUUUUCAUAUCAGUACAGCAGUAUUACAGUUUAUGACUGUGCAAGAAACAUGUUCUUUAUUUUAAGGCUUGUGGGCUAAAAAAUAAAAAAUAAACAUUAAUAAACCAUUCCAGAUAUCUACUACCAUUUCUAUAUCACUGUUACUGCUCCCACUGGAAGGCUAUUCCAGGUAUCUACUACCCUUUCUAUAUCACUGUUACUGCUCCCACUGGAAGGCUAUUCCAGGUAUCUACUACCCUUUCUAUAUCACUGUUACUGCUCCCACUGGAAGGCUAUUCCAGGUAUCUACUACCCUUUCUAUAUCACGGUUACUGCUCCUACUGGAAGGCUAUUCCAGGUAUCUACUACCCUUUCUAUAUCACUGUUACUGCACCCACUGGAAGGCUAUUCCAGGGAUCUACUACCCUUUCUAUAUCACUGUUAGUCUUUACUGCUCCCACUGGAAGGCUGUUCCAGGUAUCUACUACACUUUCUAUAUCACUGUUAGUCUUUACUGCUUCAGCUGGAAGGCUGUUCCAGGUAUCUAGGGUUGUGGUGUGUGAUUCUCACGUUUAGGAGGUUAUUGACUGAUGAGCAGUGAGUUAUAGGAUGUAAACUGUGUUUCCACUGACGGCAGUGGCACAAUUGGCUGAAGAUACUUACUUCUCGGUCCCAGGAUACACUUUAGAUUUGCGUCUUAACACAAUGUAUCGCUACUGUUUUCCUGUGAAGGGUUGGGGUAGCUGCUAAUAGAUUAGUUGUUUAUUUUCCCCCUUUGAUUUGAGUUGCUUGGCGCUAGUUUGUAGGCACUCAACAGGCCCAUUAAAUGAAACGGUCACUAGUGUCCGGAGAGCAGACCGCUAAUGUUUGGCAGCUUUAUAUGAGUUAACACUGCUGCAUUGGGUUUAUAUGGUUUCAUUUACUGAAAUCUCAGAAAUUUUUGUUUUCUUUUCCAUCCACCAUGGUACAUUAAAUACAUUUUACCCUUUAUUCUUCUUAACUGAAAUUAAGUAAUAAAACGUCCUUGUCUCUGUGAUGUUAACUCGCCCACUGCCAGUACAUAUUGCUACACCUUGCAGAGCAAUGCUUCCCUGGACCUCACCUUCCCCAAUAAUUUAUAUCAACAGGGUGGCAAAAUACUAAAACCAUUUGAUUUCGUUAUGAUGGGUCAGGCUCUCCUCUGAUAUGUGAAGGGUUGUUAGCAGCACAGCACCUGCUAUUGUGCCGUUUAUUCUUAGUUUCUAGGGAAAAAUACAGGUAGGAUGCAGCAGUGACAGGGUUAAAAUUCUGCCACUCUAGUUGCGGCAUAGGCUCUCUUUCCAAAGUGUUAUUAUAUAACGUAUAAGAGUUAGUGCAGUCCAGCGCUCCUAGGCGAUACACUAACAGCCAUUACCGCUCUCACAUGGUCAGAUAUGAACGCGCCAGGUUUCCCAGAAGGCCCCCUGUCAGCUCACAUUAUUCUAACUGGUGGUAUGAGUAUUAGGUCAGUGUAAGCGGCCACGGCGUGAUGCUAUUGCCCUCUCACUUCUAUUUUUCCCCAUCUGACAAAACUAAUCUAUCACAGAUUUAUUAAAUGGCUCUGCCGGCUGUCUGACAUCCACACAGCUUGUGGAGCCAACACAAACGGAACUCUGGGUAAAGUGGAUCUGAUGGAGGUCUGCGAUCAAUCCCAGCUCACCCCCAUAAAUAGCUGUUACCCCUUUGAAUAAAAGCAUGAACCUCACACAAUAUGCAAUAUGGGGUUCUGUGUAAGGAGGCGUUAGGAACAGUCUGUUGGUUUACAUGUACACCGCGUAGGCUUCAUUAACCCCUUGAAACCUAGGCAAAUUCUUUUACAUCAUGACAUAGGGCAGCAAUAUAACUCCUCUACAGAACAGCCAUUGUUUGAGAAAAUAUUUAGACAUUCAGUUAGUUACCUGUCAGAUAAUGAGCUAUGAGUUACGAUUUGAGAGCACAGAGUACAUACUGUGUUUACUUUUAUUGUGGGGUUUUGUGUGAAUGCCAGAUGUGGAUGUCUACAAAUGUUAUUAUCUACCUGUUACAAGUCUUGUGCAUUGAGUGUCCCAGCUGAGUGUUUUGACACAUUAUUACGUAUGAUUUUCUAAUAACAGACAUUAACCCCUUUUGCCCUACAUCACUCUGAAUUCUUUGUGUUGUGCACCAAAAAGGGUGAACGGUCAUCCUUUGGGAAUCUGAGUCCAUGCAGGAUCGGUAGCAUCAUGGAUUUCGACACAAACUAAGGAUGUGAACCUGCUGUUUCACCUCAUUUCACUUGUUUUCUUUUAGACUGGGAUCUGAGGACUGUGUAUCUAUUGGUGUCAUGCCUGUUCAGCCAGCUCAAGGCGAUCUUUUGCUUUGUGACAUGGCAUCAGGUCCUGCCAGCUCAUCAGGCCCCUGUCUAAGCCCAGGCCCCAGGCGGCCGCUUAUAGCCAGUUAUGGGUAAAAGGUCUCGGACUCUGCCUACUGAAUCAUGCAUGUAAAACCCAAAGACUUCUAAAUCCUUACCCAAAUUGAGGUACGGUUGUUUUUUUCUGGAGUGUCUCACACAUUGCCCAGGGCUACUUACUUCCUACCUCUAGACAAAGAAGAACAAGAUUGUUUGUGAGGAAAAAAGCACUUAAAAAAACUACUUCAGGCACCAUAACAAUUUAAUUGUGAUGAAGUUGUUAUGGUGCCUGGAGUAUCCCUUCAAGUUCUGUGGGAUAAAGAUGCUCUCUCACACUACAAAUUAGUGUUGUUAAUGCAAUUCAUCUGCGCAUCCUAGUCUGAAAUGCCAACCAUUGUAAUGGAGUGGCAAUAAACUCUUACAAUUCACUUUUCAGUGAAUGAUGAUGAGUGUGUCCCUAUUCUUUUCUUUUUCUUAUUUUUUCCGCAUCGAGAUGUUUGAAAUCUUUGAAUCGGGAAUCAGAUAUGAGUGAGCCAUGAACUAGUGGGUUAUCUGUAAGAUUUGUUUCCCUACCUCCUCCACUUGAAGGUACAGAGCGCCUGCCACUACGCCAUCACUUAGACAGCUACAUGGCACCUCCCUCUGGAUUUAGAAAGACAUAACAUAUCCAUCAAGGAACCCUAAGGAGCUUUUCAUUGGUGGUUCCACCUGGUACAAAAUCAAUUUAGUUUUACAGCUUCUUCACAAUAAAAGAGCCUGCCUGUUUGCCCUCUCUAUUAAAUAGGUCAUAAAUGUCUUUAUUGCCGAGCGCUGCCUUCUCUCCAGUGAACAUAUUCACAUGGGCUCCCAAUACUGCCAAAGAUCUUUCUUUUUAUUUAAUUUGAACACAAUUCCAAUUACAGCGGACAAUCCAAACAAAAGCCAAUUGUAAGGGAAUGACACAAACAUGCCUGGACCACCGUGAUUCCUGAAGAUUUAUAUAAGCAUAUAAAAUCUGCUUGACAUUGUUAAAUGAGAAAACAAAACCCUCAUAUUUCAUAGAAAAAUAAAGAGAACUGGAUCAGAUGCAUUGUGUGGGGAUGUAUUUUAAUAAAAACUGAUUUACGAGAUGCUAUCUGACCCUGCAGUUAUAUCAGCCAAGAUUAAGAAAUAAAGAUGUUUAUAUGAAAAACUCAAAGUUCCUUAUGCCUUUAAAUAGCACAUGCCUUUUGCUGUCAUAUAAAUGGUUAAGGUGGCAGAUUUGGGCUACUGGAUGAGGUUGGUAAUGUGUGGGUAACAAGGAGCCCCCAUCACAUGCUUGCUGCAGUUCCCUUGAGGACGAGCUGAGUGUUUCUGUGCUAAAUUCCAUGUGAGCAGACAUUCUGCAGCCAGCUGUGUUGGUCUCUUCCCAAAUCUCAAGGUCUAGACAAAAAAAAAUGUAAAAAGUAUGCGUUUCGUGACACCUAUCUGAAGAACCUGCUACUUUUAAUUCUUGUGUUUUGUAAAUCCAGGGUCUGAGUAACUAAUACACAUUGUGAGGAACCACAACUGUAGUGGUUUUGGUCCAGGAGUGCCCUGGUGCUCCCCCCAUUGUAAGUAGUUAACAUGUUUUAGAAUAGUUGAAUUUUUACCUUGGGUCACUGCCAACAUCUACAGAAACUUCUGCUAGCGCUCCUAUGCUAAGCCCUGCAGUGCAGACCGAGGUUAUUGGUGGAGAUCGUAAACUGAUUGCUCUCAGCCAGUGAGCUACUUGCAACACUGGGCUUUUGGCUCUCGGUCAGAAGUAGUAGAGGCAGGCAUUGCCCAGUGGACCCCAAGUAAAAAACCACAAUGUUCUAAACCGUCCUCGCUGAGGUCUCAAACAAGUCUUUGCUCACAUGUGCCAUUACAUAGAGAAUGUCAGUCUGUCACCUAUCAUACAGAUCUCAUCCGCAAGUAAUGUCCAGAUGUGAAAUGUCUGUGAAAUCGUUAAAAAGAACAAACCUUGAAAAAGGAGGACCUAGUAACAUUCCAUUGAUUUCCAUUGGGACUGCUAUACCUUUAGAACUUUGGCUGACAGUUACUCUUUAUACAAAACCCCACAUUGACUAAGACACACUGGGUAUCAUGUCAGAAUUCACAUUGAUUGGAUCAUGAGCGGGCUGUAGCAGCGAGACAAGUUUUCACUCCACUCAUCUCGCCACAGUGUAGUGAUCACUGCUUCCGAUGGAGAGCUAUUGGAUUCUAUGAUUCUCUAUCAGAUGUAGUUGGUUGAAGGGUCACGGUGGUUGCCAUGCUUGCACCCAAAGUCCAACAGGUUAUCUAUGAGAAGCAAUUGAUUGGACUGUGGCCAGGGAAUGGCUAAUGAGGUGUGACCAUGGAGGAAUGGAAAGAUCCUCGGAGAGCUUGGCCUACUGGAUUCAAGGUAAGUAAGUAAAAUUUCACCUUAUUUUACAGAAUUUUUUUACACACACAAACAAGGUCAAUAUUCUGUUUUAUUUAGUGGUGACAUUUGGUGCCAGAUACAUGCAGGAUAUGUCUAUAUCCGCACACAAUAUUUAACCCUGUAAGUGCCAGAGAGCAUCGUGUGAAUACACCUAUCUGUCAUCCUAGGGGUUAAGUGCCACUGCAGUUUGGUUCAGCCUGAACUGGUUUUGAAGGAGUUAAGAGAUGGCAGGUGGAAGAACAUUUUUUUCACUACCGUGGACAUUUUGCUUACGGUAAAUUAUGUUGCCGGCUGCUCCUUUUUGCCUUGUUUUGCUCGAUCAAUAGCUAUUGUGUUGUGCUGUGACUUAUACAUCAUGACAAGUGCCACUCAUUGUCCUUAACUGUGUGUUGUAGGUGGUUAAUGGAGAGAAGGUCGAAUGACAGCCGGGACUGUUGUCAUCACCGGUGGAAUAUUAGCGACUGUUAUCCUUCUCUGUAUAAUCGCGGUUCUUUGCUACUGUAGGCUACAGGUAAGUGAGCGCAAGGGAGAUGCACUAGGAUUUUAGAUGUUGUAAUUAAUGUAAAAUUAAUUAAUUAGAAUGGAUGUGACAUGUCACUAUUUAAGCAUUGCUUAAAGGGACACUCUAUGCACCACAACGUUAUCUUAAUGAAGCAGGUUUUGUGUAUAGAUCACUGCCCCUGUGGUCUCUUUUGUUUCUGUUCAUGCAACUCUAGCCACACCUCCCCUGGCUGAGGCUCACACAACUUGCAUGAAAGAAAUUGUUUAAUUUUUAUUCAGAUCAUACAGCACAGUGUGUUUACUGUAGAAGUUCUGUUAUCAUCUACUGCUCUGUCAGUUGAACUUUAAUCACACGUAGUGUUCCUAGAGGCUCUAGCAUGCUAUUAACAGAGCAGGAGAAACAAAAUGCUAAAUUAAACACAAUGAGCAAUUAAACAAGUUAAAAAAUAUAUAUCUUAUUACAGGAAGUGUGUAGGGAAACUGUGUAGGUCACAUGCAAGGAGAUAAAAAAAAAGUGAUGUAACUCCUAAAUAGCAGAAAAUUGAGCAGUGAGACUGCAGGGUUGUGAUCUAUAAACCAAAACCACUUAAUGGGGAUAAAGUUGUUUUGGUGCUUAGAUUGUCUCAAUAGGUGUGAAUUGUGAGGAAUUAAAAUUUUAGGACAAAAUAGCAAACUUCAAAAAAAAUUUAAAGCCAGUUUUGAUAUUUUGGCCUAAAAUUUCAAAUUACUUUUACAUUUGUUUUGACAAGCCACACUUCAGUGAAUUCUCAGAAGAUUCUGUAUAGAUAUAUUUCACAGUAUGUUUAUUUAGGAGAGUUCAGUGUAUUAUCUGUGGCUGAGGUCAACCCUGACAUUCAAUGUCUCCACCCUCUGCAUGUCGACACUGAACUUUCCUCAUAGAGAUGCAUUGAUUUAAUGCAUUUCUAUGAGAAGAUGCUGAUUGGCCAGGGCUGCGUUUGGCUUGUGCUGGCUCUGCCCUUAUCUGCCCCCGUAACAAGCUCAGGCAAUCAAAUGAUUUCCUAUGUAAAGCAUUGUGAUUGGCUUUGAAUAACACUUCUGAUGAUGUCAGCCAAGCAGGCAGAUCAGGGGCAGAGCGAGCACCAGCAGCAGACCGGAAUAAAGGUAAGAUUAUACUAUAUUAAGGGGGCCAAGAUGGUGGUUUUAACACUAUAGGAUCAGGAAUACAUGUUUGCGUUCCUGGCCUUUUAGUGAUCACCCCAAUUCUAUGUAAGCAAAUUAUACUUGGAGUAGUACAUCACAUUUCCUUUCCUUUGGAUACUCUAUGUGGUUACCUACUAAACCUUUCUCAUUUCAGCUAAAUAGGUCUAGAAUUUGCAAUUCGCUUGUCAAUUCUCCCAGAAUUCAAGUUUAGUGAAUAAAAACUUUCUGAUUUUAAGAGUGUUACGAUCAUCUUGUAAUCAAGUCUUUGUGUUUUCUUUUUCAGUACUACUGCUGCAAAAAGGAAGAUUCGGAAGAGGAUGAGGAGGAGCCUGACUUUGCCGUGCAUUCUCGCUUCCCGCCGGUGCAUUGUAACCGGAAUGUAGUGCUGGCGAAUGGCCCUUCCAUCUAUUCCUCGCCAUAUAACAAAAAGCACCAGCACUGCAGGAGUGUGUGCCAGGGCUGCACGCACCAUGAGGCCCCUGCGUUCCUCCUGCACCCACCUGAAGAGAUCCGCAAUGGAGGGGAACGCAUCACUUACAAGACAAUCAGCCAGGAGGAGAUUGAACUACCGGUGAAUCUGGGUAACAUGCAGGUUCUUAAUCCCAACCGGCUAUCUGCCAUGAGGGAAGCUUUUUCCCGCAGCCGAAGCAUAAGCACUGAUGUGUAAGGACAGAGGUCUUCCCUUCAAACUGGCCCAGAUUUUAUCCUCAAGUUGGCAUAGGUCCUCCUCCUAACAAAGACCCACGUUGCAGACUGGCACAGACCAUCCCUCCAUAGGGCAUUAACCUACUGUCCAGAUUGGCACUAAAUCUUCUUCUAGAUUACCACAGGCCAUCUCUUUAGACUGGGACAGACCAUCCAUCCAGAGAGCAAAUGUCCACACUCCAGACUGGCCCAGAAUUUCCUUCCAAUCUGGCAAAGACAGUCAUUCCAUGCUGGCACAGAUUCUCCCUCCAGUCUGGCACAGACCCUCCCCCCUCCAGGCUGCCACUGACUCUCUCCAGAGAUCCUUUCUUCAGGCUGACAUACAUUUUCCUCCCUGUUUGGUGAAUUUUUUGCUGGAAAAAAAACUCCCCUAUACCCUAUUCUGACAAUGAGAUUCACAAGCUAUUUCGUAUUACAUGUCUGUAUUGUACGAUCAAGCAAAAAAAAAAAAAAACACAACAAAGCACAGUGCUACUUCUUUAUCAAUCUGUGCUUGUCCCCUCCUGUCACUCUGCUGUCCCCAAUACCUGAUGUUCUUUAAGCUUUUAAAUUAAUGGAAAAGUGUUUUUGAAAAUAUGAAUGUAUUUCUGCAUUAUAUACAUGAUAUAAGUAUAUAUCAGUACAUCACUAUGUAUAUGUUUGGUAUAAAGAAACUCAGAGGAAUACAAAUGCAGAUUGCAAUAUGGAAGGCUGAAAAUGAUAGGAAACAUUUUUUUUUAUAACCAUUGGAAAGCUGAAUUUUGAUAUUGUGGUGUUUUAUAUCCAGAAACAGUGAGCGUGUCCGAAUGAUGAAUGAUAAUGAACUUAGAACUGGGAUUGAGAUGUGGGAGUUGGAGUAACAAGUAAGGUUUUUUUUUUUUUUUUUGUGACUGAAUGUUGCAAACAUCAUAUAAAUAGUGGUGAUUAGGAAUUUAUGCAAGGGGAAGAGGGGCAUCAUCAAAAUACAUUGGAUUAGCUAGACCUCCAAACAGUAGCUUUUGUUUAACCUACUGCCACUUUCUCUACAGCUCUCACAAAACAUAAAAAAAUGGAUCCUAAAACAUAUUUAUAUAUAUUUAUUUUGCGUCUAUAUGCUAAAUAUUUUUGUUAAAAGGAGGAAAGAAGCUCGGUCACACAGAAACGAAAAUCAAUGUACAUAUCAGAAAAAUAGUUUAAAAAUGUUAUAUAUUAUUAUGGUGGUUAAAUUGAUAUCAUAGGAAGUGACCCAAAGCAGAUUAUUUUAUAUGUUCUCCCGUUUGGAUUUAUAGUGCUAUAUUCUGGCAUCACGUCUGUCAUUUGAAAAAGUCACCGCCAGGGCAUGCUUUCUGUACAAAGAAAUCAUGUCGGCAUACACGACUUUACAGCUUACAGCUUUAAGUCCCAGUUUUUCCAAAGUUAUGAGUCCCCUUUAGUCAAACGGUUUCUUGGACUUAACUUAUAAGCAGUCUGGGUGCUGUGCUUCCAGACCUCAGACAUUGUACAGCACCAAAUGCAAAUGAACUACAAAGGAAAAUGUUUAAUUUGAACAUGAAACCCUUUUUAGUUUUCAAAUUUGAUGGAUCCAUUACAUUUUUGAUCUUUGCAUUUGCUUGCAUUUAGGGAAUAAAUUGCUUUAAGAUUUAUAGACUGACUCACUACUGAAUAAAUCAUAGCUAGAACCUUAAAUAUUUAUAUUAAAACAAAAAUUAAGCUGUUUCCUGCUGUUUUCUUACCAUUUUUCAUUAAAAGAACACUAUUGUGAUCUUUAAACCUGUAUUAUUUUGUACCCCAAUGUGUCGGUAGGGUCUUUCAGAUUUCAGGGCCCCCUUUUUACUAAAUAAAAUAGUUAAAAUGUAACCCUUUACUUGCAUGUAAUCCAGUACCAAGACAGCAUCCUUUCUGAAGCCCCGUCCUUCACCACUUAGAUCAUCAGGCAUGAGGACCAUUUUGUCCAAUCAAAUGCUUCUCAUCAUUGUGGGCUUAAUGCGCAAUGCACCAUUUAGAUGCUUCUCAUAGAGACACACUAAAUACAAUGCUUCUCUAUAACAAGUAUCAGAGGAUGUUUGAUAUCCUCAUGCAAGUGUGAUGACAUCGAAUGUCAAGAACCAGGUCUGAUUGCAGAGAGAGCAUCUAGUGACUAUUAGUGUAACAGCCACAAGAGGUGUGUUAAGCCCCCACAAUAAAAACAUUGCUGUUUCUCCAAAACAACAGUGUUUUACAUUACAGGAGUGAGAUGGAAAGGCCACGACAUUCAAGUCAUUUUAUUGAUACAAAGGUUUGUGGCGGGCUAUUGAGUUCCUUUAUUUUGGAAAAGUUAUAGUAUUGAAAAGAAAGUACUACAAAUAGAAACCUUUGGGACAAGGAAUGGCGAAACAGACAAUUCAUGCAUUGUAGUGUGAAGAAAAUUUGUUGAGGUGCGCCAUGUUUAUUGCAGGAUACAUUGUGAUAAGGAGGGUCACCUCUAAUAAACUGGCAAUAAAUUCAAAGGGAAUUAAAAAUUUCCCCCCAUAAUAGUUGAACUGCAAACAUAGCCUACUUUUUUCAGAAUAAUCAAUUUUGACCUGAAAUUUGAAUUUCGGUAUUGAUAACUGACAAUUAACACUUUUUAAGGAAAAAUAUUUAGUGUAACAUUUUUGUUACACAUGUAUGUUUCGCAUGUAACGUUAGGGAAAAUAAACCCUAAUUUCCAGGAAUUCCUCAAAAUUACCUGCAGUUACAGAAUUAUUUUGUUUAAAAUGGUUAUAAAUUAAGAGGUUGUUCAGUAUCCAUGCUCUUGCAAUACUUCUUAGAUGUUUUAGAAAGGAAAGAUAGUAAUUUAAUAACACACAGCAGGUAUACCACUAAAAGAAAAUGUGAAAUACCUUGUUGUAGGAAUCUGCUGGUGUUUUUGAGAAUGCAGAUUCUCAAAACACCAGCAUUCAGUAGGAGGGCAGCCAUCUUGGAAGCAUGUGAGGAUAGCAGCUAAUCAAACACUGUGGUUUGUAGAAUUGCUUCCAAGAUUUCACUGUAAAGAAAAUAGAAAACUGUUAGUUUAUGUUUUGUACACUGUGCCUAAAGAAUGGAUCAAAUAUUUCAGGGUACUUAUGAAAGUGAGGAUUCAAAGUGAAUUUCAAAUUCAAGGCCAAAUUUGCCAAAAUGGAAGCAUUGCCGACUUAGAUAAUUUUUCCAGUUCGGCUAAUUUUACCUUGAGUUCACUUCGAAUUCUCACUUAAGUAAAAACUCUACUUGUGUUGAUCAUUAUUAAAAGUGCUCUUUGAUGGCAGAUGGAAAAUGUACAAUGACCACUUCACUUUAAGCAAGGUCAUUUUUUAUUAUUAGAAUUUUCGAAGUAUAGUUUGAGAAGGAUGAAAGCAAUAUUGUAGGCUUUUUAGUGCCAGCAAACUGUGUGGGUUAACAUAUAAUCCUAAAUGGUUGUUGGCAUGACAUCAAACAUUUGCCUAAAGCGGCACUUCUGUAAUGCUGGCGAAGUAGAGGAAUAAACAUGCCCGCAUCGGGGGUAGCUCUACCCACUUUGAGCCUUCUUACUAAUGCUCAUUGAUUAACAUUACUUCUUAUUUAUUUUAAAAUGGUUUAGGAUGUAUCUGCAUAUAAUAUGUAAUGAAAAUUGUGUUCAUUUUGUUCUGAUGUGUCCACUGCAGAAGGGCUAUUUUCUAAAGUGAGAAUUGUCAUAAAGUCAAAGUAAAUUAAAAACUUUUAAACCACAAUAGCUGAACUGGAGACAUAGCAGAUUUAGAUAUUCGGUCUUAAGUUUGAAAUUCACGUUGAAUUCCCAUCAAUUCUCACUUUGGUGAAUAACCCUGCAUAAUUGCUAUACAAGUUUUUUUUUUUAAAUUAAUACCAUUUACUCCAAGAUUUACAGGUUGAUAUUCCAUCACCUCAUCCAAUUUCACCAUUGUAAAUGGCUUGCUGGAUAUGCCUGGAUUUGGACCAUGUAACUUUGUUCAAGUGGAUCAAAUCUAAUGGUUUAAAACCUGGGUAAUGAAACUUAGCAAGUCCGUACUGUGCCAGGAACAAGGCAAACAUUAAUUCUUCAGUGCCAACAAAUCAUACUCUUCCUGUUUUUCCUGAGAACGAGAAUAUUUUGUAUUCAAUCUAACCAGAAAACAACAAUCUGGACAUAUUCUACCGCACAAUGGAUUUUGUUUAAAUGACUGAAUUCUAUUUGGUGUUGACGUUUGCUUUAGUAUUAACAGGUGGAUAGGUUUUACUUUGAUAUUAUACUUGUGUGACCAUGGUGAUUUAUUCUGUGUGGAAAGUGCACCUGUACCUAGUUUGACAUGGAAACCAGAAAAAAAAAAAUAAUCGAACUUCACAGUAACCGCACCGAGAUACUUAACUCUCUUAUAGACAAAGCCUUACCCUUUCAGUACUAACCUCUUUCGUUUUCUGCUCUCUCCCUCUCCUUGAGGUUUAUGGAUUAAGCUCUGAAUUAUAGUGAAUUGAAAACUGAAUGGGGAAAAAGAAAAACUCUGGAUUCUGUAACAACUUAAUUGAAAUGACGUUUUGGAGUCAGACGGUCCCUUACACUGGCUUACCUUUAGGGGUUAAACCUUUCACUAACAUUUAAUCCCAAAGUCUGUGCUCCAGCGCCAAUCUGCUCUGCUCCCUUGUCCUUCCAUCUUCUGCAAUGCUUAUUAACAGAAACAUCAGGCAGGGCUUCCACUGAAUGGCUUAGAGCAGCUAUCUGAUGCUCUGAGCCAUUUAGGAGCUCCUCAUUCAUAAAAACGUCUUGAAAAAGGUACGUAUCUUUUUACAGCCGUUUUUAUGAACAGGAACCUAGUGAUUGGUUUAAAGAAUCAGCUGACUGUUCAAUCAGUGGUGCUCCUACCGAAGCCUUCCGUUAAAAAGAACUGCAAAAAGUGAAAGGCUUGCAGGGGGCAGAGCCGAAUGAUGCUGGAGCACAGAAUUAAUGGUUAAACUGUUUGUGAAUGGUUUAGCCCUUAAAAGUAAGCCAGCUCUAGGGAUCUCCUGGCUACAUUUCGAUGAAGUUAUGUUGCUGAAACUGUUCCUUUUAGGCAGAAAGUGCUGAAUUUCAAGAAUUCUUCAACUCUCAUUAGUCACAGCUUUGCUAUUGCAGCCUAGAAGAUUGUAUAAUUUAGUUUUCCAUUCAUAACAGUUCACAGUAGGCAGGGUUGUGUAAUAAAGUGUUGAAUAUCAGGAAUUGAAAGUCAAUUUCAAAGUAUAGCCCAAUAAUUCACUUAGGCUAUUUUGGUCUAAAUGUGAAAUUGUCUUUGCAUUCCCAUCAAUUCAUACUUUAUCGAAUGGGAUUUCGUGUGAAUAAACUUUAAAUCUUUACAUUCAAUCAUUUUGUCAUAGCUGCAGAGCACAUAGAAGCAAGAUCUAUUCCUCAUUACAAAGUUCUUGUCCAUUAACGUGUAUGUUUAUUUUAUAUUUAUGUCAGUAUUAUUUACUGAUUCAAUGGCGAAAUGAUGAAGUUUGUUGACCCACAUUAUAUGAUCAUGAGUUACAGAACAGUGGAAUGAAGCUAUGAUUAGUGGCAUUCCUCCAUACCUUUGCUGCCUGUGAAUACAUGUUCUGAGGAGUGAAGGGGUUACUGUGCUAUAUAAAUGUAUAGAUAUAUCUUCCUCUCUAUAGUAAAUACAUAUUGGUGGUUAGUAUGUUACUGAUUUAUUGGCAAUGAUUUGGUAAUUCAAUGACACCUAAAAGGUUUGUUCAUGUGUGCAUCCUUGGCUAAAUACAAAGUCAAAUAUUGCCGUAUCAUUGUAAUCGGUAGGGCAGACUUUACGAGAGUUAGACCCCCCCCUACAGUGCAGGCGAUUAAGAUUUUGUCCCACGACAGGUGAAUCGGUAAGAUAAGUAUUUCUGACUGUGCCUAGGUGACACUUUACAACCAAAACCGUAUGAAAACUAUCCUUAAAUUCCUAAUCUAAAUCGUGGAACAGAUCUGCAGCUCACAAAUCAUUUCCAUUUCUAGAAAGAUGGACUUAAGUAUAAGGAUGGUGUCUACAUAAGGUUUGAAGACACUGAAAUGCAAUGCAAAAUUCAGAUAUGUAUCAAUAAUAAUGGAUGCAGAGUUAUUUUAGCAAUAAUAAGAUACCUCAUACGGAGAAUCUUUCAACUUACAUUUCUGGUAACGCUUUAAACCUUUAAUAUCAACAAUCAUUUAUAAAUCAGUGUUUUGAUAAGGUGUACAGUCGAUUACAGUGUGAACCGUAGCACGAUGGCUAUCACUUUAGUGUCCCUGCCGUUGUUAAUUGCACGACUUUGGCAGAUCCAGACAUCUCUUCACAUUAAGACUGUGGUGAAGCAUCAGAUCGCGUACAUCUUAAUUUUGUAUUUAAAACAAAUAUUGCAUCGGUACAAAAAUAUAGUCUACAGAAAUGACAAGAAUUGGCACCUUUUCAUGUUAAUGAUAUUCAUCAUUCCUUUAAUUAACUCUGUAUUCUGAAGUAAUCAAGGAACUAGUAUUUGUUUAUUUUUUUGGUGUGGCGUUCCAGAAGCUGGGCUUGUGACCCGCUUGCGUUGUCUACUCAGGAAUCUGAGUUUUCUCUACUUUGGCCGUUUGGUAUUUUGUGCAAACCUUAUGAAACUGUUGGAUGCUGCCUUUAGAUUUUGGCAUUUAACCGUAUAAAGUGGUUGCAAAUUUUUUUCUUUUAUAAUUAUGUUUGUUUCAUUUAGCUUAUCGUAAAGAUGGGCAAAAAUUAAUGUUUCACUACAAUAAUAUUUUUUUUUUAAAAAGCACAUUUGUUAAUUUGUUGGAAAAGACUUCUGGAUUCACUGAGAAAUUAAAUUGAAAUAAACGACUAUUUGUAAAUGCCGUGGAGACUCAUUUCUGCUGUUGGCUUCAAAUUCAUAUAUUUUGUGUAUCGAGAACAUUGCGAG